UGAUGGUUAAUUGCCCUGAAAUAUAUUCAAAUUCAGUAGCAAAAAAUCAUUUCGGUGAAAACAACAUUCAACUUCAGUUGAAGAGUCAUUCGGUUCAAAUUCUAUGGAGGAAAUUAGCAGAAUACAGAUCCUUUUCUUUCUUCUCGCCUCUGUGCUGGUCCUAAGCACUACUACACCAAUAGUCUCAGCAGAUAACUCAGCGACCCUCAACCAACAUGCCCAGAAAAUCAUCCGGUUGGGUGGAAACGGUACACCAGGGUCUGGAAUGCCCUUCGAGGUGACCGACAGCGAGUCUGGAGAUUACACACAGGAUCCUCGCUCACUUAACCUCGGCCCCAUCAGGCAAAUUCCUGCUCGUGGCUCAUCUGACCCGGAUGUCAUGGACCGACGCAUCCUUCCCCAGCGAUUAAGCUUCAGGAAGAAUCAGUGGAGACGAGAGCAAAACGAACCACAGCAGCAGAUAUAUGAGCCAGCUCAGGAGCAGAUCUUCUACGAUUCUUACACUUCGCCUAUGCCUAAACAAACCUCAAUCAAGAAAGUGAAUUACAACAAGCGCGCUUUCUCAGGCUGUGACGACCCAAGCUGUCAUUGGAGGACGCCUCAUUGGGGAAAACGAGUUUAAACAAGGCUGACAGCACACAAAGCCGACGGCACGCAUAGCCGAAACAUCAACUGACCUUCUAGAAACAGCUUAGCUAGCAACGGGUCACAAGCAAACGUCAAAAAUCGGCACUAUUUUAAAGAGUCGGCAUUUUAUCAUCUGCAAUUACUAUGUAGAAAUUAAUCAAUAUCUAUGACGCAUAUCACGUGCUUUGAAGUUGUUAUAAAAUUGUUGCUUGAAAUAAUAGUUCGGAGUUCAAUCUAAUUAACUAUGC